AUGGUUCCUAGUGUGCUCCGAGAUCUCAGCACAAGAUCUUUUAAUCCUAGGAUGGUCUCCAUUGGACCUCUUCACAAAAAAGAUGAACAUUUGCAAGAAUUUGAAACUCAAAAAACGACAUAUGUACAUCGUUUUUUGUACAGUUUAGGUACAAGCCCUGACCAAAUGUUAGAAGAAUGUGUGCUCAAGGUGAGUCGAAAAAUAAACCUCAUCAAGGCAUGUUAUUCAGAUUCAAUGACCUACAACGAUGAAGAACUAGUUACAAUGAUGGUAAUAGAUGCUUGUUUCAUACUUUAUUUCAUUCAUAACAUUAUAGAACGUUUUGGACCAUUUCCCUUAAACAUGUUGCUUACCCCAUCUAUAAAUUUAGACCUACUGCUGAUAGAAAACCAAAUCCCGUUUUUUGUUCUUAGAGACAUCUUUGACUCUACUAUUCUGAAAUACAAUCCCGCGACCUCUCUUAAUCUAUAUAUGCAUAGGCUUCUCAUAACUUACAAUGUUUUUGGAGAUAAUUCUGUAAGUCGUAAUGUUAACGUAGACACCAAUCAUGAUCAUCUUCUUGGCGUUUUUCAUAAAUACUUCCAUCCUGUGAAUAAUAUCCAAACCGGGGUUCCUACACUCCCAAAAAGACACUCGGCCAUGGAACUCGAUAGGGCAGGGGUGAACUUUAUGACUAAUCAAGAUGAUAAUUGGCCACUGGCCAUGAAACUUGAAUUAUUACCAAGGUUUUCAUGCUUCCCAUGGUUUUGGAAUAAGCCUACUCUGAAGAUGCCACAACUGCUUGUUGAUGAUCGCACUGAACUGGUUUUAAGGAACCUUAUUAUAUACGAACAGUCUUCUCUAGUUCCUAAGUUCGUUACAACAUAUGCAUGGGCUAUGGGUAUGCUUAUAGAAACUCCACAGGAUGUUGCCAAGUUGGUUAAAUCAGGGGUCCUAGUUACAGUAAGCUCUGACCAGAACGCACGAAAUUUAAUAUACAACAUAUGCAAAGAAGUCGUGUAUGAGAAUUUCUUUUAUCAUCGAGAGUGGGAUGAAUUGGAUAGCUACUACAAUAGUUACUGGCCGAAUGCUGUUGCAGGAUUGAAGCGAACAUAUUUCAGUAGUCCAUGGAAUAUGAUUGCUCUAUUUGCUGGAAUCACUUUGUUUGUUCUUACUGUGGUUCAGACUAUCUUUACAGUCAUGGGGGAAAGUCCCGUAAUUGUAGUUAAACAUUAG